AUGGCCAACAAUUGGGCACCUAAUAGUGUUAGGCCGGGGAGUGCACAGGAUGAGCAUAUUUCCAAGGGUUCGUAUGUGCAACGUUCUUUCCCCAAUCUUCGUGACAUAAAUCAUAAGGACUUUAAGGGUUUGGGACCUACUCCUCUUAGCGCUGAGAGACCAGCAUCAGAAAAUCAAUUAUCCAGAGUUUCUUUGCCACAGUUAAGAUUGGACACCUCGGCUAGAUUGAAGAAUUGGGAAGAAUUGGAAGAUUUCAAUUUGGAAGAGUUGAGGGAUGGAUUUUUUGAUGCACGAUUCUCCAAAGCUGAGCGGGUUACUACAGACGAGGAGGAAGUUACGGAUACUGGAAGUUCGGAUCGUGGAAUAUCUGGAUUAUGGAAUCUUGGGCAUUCUUACGGAUCGAGGGUUCUAAGUAAGGUGUGGAUUGAUUUUAAAAAUAAUUUUAUACCAAUCUGCAAGUUUUUCAUUGCAUAUUUUGUUGCACUUGUUAUAUGUGUGGAUCAUCGAUCAGGUAGGUGGUUAGGUCAUAACUACAGGUAUUUUCUACCAAUAGCGGUAGUGAUCCACCAUCCUGCGAGAACUAUUGGUUUCCAAUUGGAGAUGUUUUUCUCCUCAGUAAUUGGUGGGGUUCUUGCUAUGGGGUGGUCGUCUUUGGCAUGGUAUAUCUCUGUAGUUAGGAAACCUACCCAGUUACAUCCAGGUGGUAUCUUAUUUGCCAGUCUAACAUUAGCCCUUGUGCUGUCUAAUUGGUUGAAAGAACUCUUCCAGCGGACUUUGUAUUGUGCACUAACUUUCAACAUUGCCAUCAUAUUCCUUCACGAUGUUAGUUUACGUCAAUCGAAACAAAAUCUGGAAUGGCAAAUAGAUUGGGAUUUUGGUAUGUCUUAUCUCUUCGGUAUGAUCCUUUCAUUGGUUGUAUGUGUAUUGUUCUGGCCUUGGGCUGGUAACGCGGAAAUAAUAGACCAAUUCACUGCAUCGACGGAUACCAUACGACAACUCUUACAUGCAUUGACGAAUAAAGAUACUCUUCAGGAUGAAGAAACACUUAGGAUAUUACAAAAAAAAAUGGUGGAUUCACUUAAUGUUGAUCUUUCUGAACGUUACAGAGAUUUUGCAAAUCAGUUUACGAUUUCAAGGUUAGACACAGGAAAGUUAAUUAAUUUCCGAAACUCUCUGACUAAAUUAACAACUCCUUUGAGGAUCUUACCUUUGACUAACAAGCUUUUAGAAGGCUUAGAUUUUGACGGUUUUUAUGAAGAUUUGAGAAGACAAAAAUCUGAUAGACUGAGUAAAGUUCCUCCUAGCAAAAAUGCAACGGAAUCUAGUACACCGGCGUCACCCCCUGGUUCAUCUUCACUUUUUUCGAAAAAACAUGGCUUAUCUUUUUCCUCAGGAUCAAUGUCGAAUCAGUUUAACAUUGAAUUGCUCAGGUCAACCUUCUCAAAACGUAUUGUAUUAUUAAUUUUUGAAAUGAUUGAAGUGACAGAAAAUAUGAAGACAAUGUUGGAAACUUUAAAGAAUUUCAGAAUUUGUCAAGCUAAAAAAGAUGAAAUUGAUAAUCUUUUGGGUCGUUCCUUUGGAAAGUUGAGAAGGAAACUUUACCAUUUGGAUAAAACGUAUAAGGAAUUCGUGAAAUCUGAUUUCUUUUCACAAGAACUCUUGUCUGAUGAAGAUUCAGUAGACAUUUUCUUAUUUUUGAGGUACAUCAGGAAUUCUGCUAAGAAUAUGCUUGAAGUGGUUGAGUGUUGUAAUGAGUUGAUAAAGGAUUCUCAUUGGAGGAUUAGCCGUCCUUCAUAUCCAUUAAGCAGGGCCAUGGUUAGAUUGCCCUUGCAAUCCGCCUUUGAUGAGGGAGCAAGCAAUGUGCAUCACUAUUUUGAAACGAAACGUGAUGUUGACCAGGCAUUUGAGCAACUGUACAACUCUUACACGUCAAGACAUAAAUAUACUAAAAAGAACGCAUAUUUGGCUCCGAGAGCUAUUGAUCACAACGACUUCAAUUUUCACACCACUCAAAAUCCAUGGCGUUACAAACUCUGGAAGUUUAGUACGUUGUUAGUGGGGAGGGAGAUGAAAUGGACAUUAAAAGUUUGGUUUGUGGUGGUUUUCCUCAGUUUGCCUGGAUGGCUACCUGUUUCACAUCGUUGGUACCAAAGAUACCAAUGUUUCUGGGGUCCCCUUUCCUUCUAUAUUUUGGUGAAUAGAAGAUUUUCCGGAAGAUGGAGUAUAGUUUUUUUGAGGAUGGCUUGUGGUCUUAUUGGAAUUUUCUGGGGAUGGGCAGCAAAUCAAUCGAGACAUUUUGGAAGUCCCUAUGUGGUCUGUACAUUUGGUGGUUUGCUAGUCAUUCCAUGUGCACUUAAUUAUUUGGUUUACAAGAGAACGAAGUCAAGUGUUGCUGCAUUGAUGUGCUUUUCGGUUAUAGUAUUAGAGCCUUACUCUAAAGGCAAAGAUUCCUUGUCUACCGCAGGAAUAUGGAAAAACACAUGGGUUACUGGGUUAGCAUUUAUCAUUGGAAUUGCGGUAUCAGUUUGUAUCAAUUGGAUUGUUUGGGCGUUUAAGGCAAGAACAGAAUUAAGAGUUUCCGUCUCAUCGCUAAUUGGACAUAUCGGUCAAUCGUAUCAGUCGGUUACCGACAGAUACCUGUACCGUGACUCCAAGGAUGAUCCUACAGAGAUUACGUUGGCGCUCUCCCACAUUAGAGAAGUAAGAUUGGCUCAAAGUAUUAAGGCCAUCGAAGAGUUAUCUUUAGAGGCAAAAGCGGAACCCAAAUUAAUUUCCAAAUUUUCUUAUCCGAAAUACCAGCGUCUAUUGAACGUUUGUGAAUUUCUGUUUCAAAAAAAUGUGGAGGCGAGGGUUUCAGGCUCGCUUUUCGAAGUUUUGAAUGAGGACUUUGAUAAUGAGACUACUAGGGCAUUGUUAUCACUACGUAGGGACAGCGUCUCCUCGGUGAUCUUUAAUUUCUACAUUUUAUCCAAUUGCUUUAGAUCCAAGAACAAAUUACCCAAAUAUCUGCCAAAUCCUGCUCUUUCAAGGAAAAGGCUCUUUGAUUUGAUUGGCCAAUUUGAAAUGCAAAGGAAGCGCCGUAGCCAAGACUUAGAUUCAUGUCGCCCAUCCCUUAGGAAAAAUCUGUCCACAGAGGAAAAGUUGAAAGAACAAGCUGACGUGGGCGUUCAGGAUUACGAAAAACUACAUUGGAUUGAAGUGCAUGGCAUUGCCUUUGCUAGAGCAUUUACAGAUAUUACUGAGGCAACCUUAACUUUAGUAAACUGUGCUAAAGAGAUCCUGGGGGAAGAUUCAUUUUGA